AAAAAAAACCGGUCACCCUCUCCCCUCUCCUAGGGUUUCCGUCGAAGUCCUGUACUAACAUCAAUCGGGGAACUUGAAGAUUCGCGAACCCGCGGGCGAUGGCCAGCCCCGCCGUCCACCCCAACUCCCCGGACCCCACAGCCACUCCUCCCCCACCUCCUCCGUCCCAGGAGAACCCGCCCGCCUCCGCCGAUGCCUCCGAGCCCGCCACCGCCACGGAGGCCGCCGGCGGCGGCGGCGAGAUCGCGGCGCUCGAAGAGCAACUCGCCGUCACCGUCGACGGAGGCGAGGAAACGAAGGCGUCGCCCAGCGGCGGGAAGCUGGUGGCGGAUACCAUGCGCAAGUACGCGGCGCCCCGCUCGUCCCGGUACCACGGCGUCACCAGGCUCAAGUGGAGCGGCAAGUUCGAGGCGCACCUCUGGGACAACACCAGCCAGGUCGAGGGGCGGAAGCGCAAGGGCAAGCAUGUUUACUUAGGAAGCUAUGUUACUGAAGAAAAUGCUGCAAGGGCACAUGAUCUUGCAGCCCUUAAAUAUUGGGGUGUAAGUCAACACACCAAACUGAACUUCACUAUUUCUGAUUAUGAGAAAGAAAUUGAGAUAAUGAAGAGCAUGAAUCAAGAUGAAUUUGUGGCCUACAUAAGGAGGCAGAGCAGUUGCUUCUCAAGAGGAACUUCAUCAUACAGGGGUGUAACAAGGCGAAAGGAUGGCAAGUGGCAAGCAAGAAUUGGCAGGAUCGGUGAGAGUAGAGACACAAAAGAUAUCUACCUUGGGACCUUUGAAACUGAAGUGGAGGCAGCUGAAGCCUAUGACCUAGCAGCAAUUGAGCUUCGUGGUGUUCAUGCUGUGACCAACUUUGAUAUUAGUAACUACAGUGAAGAGGGUUUAAAGAAACUUGAAGGCUCAUCCGAGGAAACGAACCUGGAGGGCCAACCAGAGGUCACGGAGCUAGCUGGACAAUAGAUAUUAGAGUAGCGACAUGUAUAUUAUCUAUUUCCUUUUAUCUUUUUUUUGUUGUCGAUCUUUUCUCAUUUCAGUUUUCUAUACCUUUCUAUUCCUAUUUUCUCAAAGGGAUUUUCCUGCGUGGCUCCACCUUGUUGCCCGGCUGGUAAUUGCCAGCUCCAGAGUAGGACUGUGUGAUGUUGUACUCUGUAUUCUCAUGUAAACCCUUUACGAACCCUUGACGGUAUUUGUAGAAGUUGCAAUGCGAUGGCAAAUUGGCUAGUCCAGUUUGGUGUUCUUUCUUUGUA